GUGGGUAAUUAAGCAAGGGACAAGUAAUGUUGCCGAAGAGGUGUCGUAAUUUGCUGUGAAAAUAUUAUGGCAACAGAAGCAAAUAAUGACUCUUUUGACCUGUUGUCGGCUGCAUUGGAUGAGUCUGGAAUUACUGGAAAUGAUUUGGCAGAUUUGAGCUGUGAAUCCUCCGUGCCAUCUACAAGUGACUAUGGCAGUUUGCACAAUACGGGGUUUCCUGAUUCACCCUUGGUAAAUGGGACACCAAACAGCAAGCAUGGUGACGUGAACCAGGCUGAUCUGUUCAACCAGGCCAUGGGCCAGCUGACUGCAACCUCUGCACAUAUCAAACCAAGGAACACCCCGAGCCCAGUACUGGCCGGUGUUCCACAGUCUCUACUACGAGCCAAUAUAGUCCCUGGACAAAGUCCCACAGUACAUGCUCCAAAGAUCAUCCGUGUUCCAAGUUCAUUGUUAAACUCUUCCUCCUCACCACUAUCGUCCCUCCCCAGCAGCAUCACACGCUCCCUGGUGCAGGGGGUGUCGCCCAAUCAGCCCCGUGUCAUCACCAUCACCCGCAUGGGGUCCGGAGGCAAUGUGGGGAGCAGGCAAACCAUCACCCUCACUCCACAAGUUACCAGUGCAAACAGCCCAAAGAUUAUUGUAGCAAGUAGUAAUAAGAAUAUGAACUCAAUUUCCACAGUGAACGGGCAAAUAAUGCGGACUAGUUCGCCAAUACAGGUUGUCAGCAAAGUGGGGAUGUCGGGAGGGAAGCUUUUACCUGGCUCAACUAUGACUCCCGCUCAGACAUCUUUGUUGAACAGUUUACAAGGAAAUCGCUCAGUUACUUCUACGGUUCCAAGCAAUGUGGCAACGUCACUUGUGAAUGGUAAUAACAUUAAUGCCAUCAAAACUAGUCUUUCUAAUAAGGAUCUCUCAAGGCUGUGGUCUCAAGAGGAUGUUCGGCUAAAGAACAUUGCUGGAAUACAGGUCCAUCGCCAACACAGUCAGACAAUCAUGCGUCCUCCAACAGCCUUGGAGGAGGAGGAAGUGGAAGAGGAAGUGGAGGAGUUGGGACAUGCAGAGACCUACUUCGAUUACAUGCCGGAAAAAUUAAAGCUUGGAGAAAAGCAUCCUGACGCUGUUGUGGAAACAAGCUCAAUGGCCAGCGUGGAGCCUCCAGAUAUCAACUACAAGCUGUGUAUACCCGAGUCUGUGAUGGACAAUUGUCAGUUGUCUGCUCUGCAGCUGGAGGCCAUUGUGUACUCCAGUCAGAGACAUCAAACAGUCCUGCCCAGUGGCGAACGUGCUGGCUAUCUCAUAGGUGACGGUGCUGGUGUCGGCAAAGGCAGGACAAUUGCUGGUAUCAUCUAUGAGAACUAUCUUCAGGGGAGGAAGAGAGCACUAUGGUUGAGUGUCUCCAAUGAUCUGAAAGUUGAUGCUGAAAGAGAUCUGAGGGAUAUAGGAGCUGGGAAAAUUGACGUCCACCCACUGAAUAAGUUCAAAUAUGCCAAGAUAACUUCCAAAGAGAACGGGAGUGUGAAGAAGGGUGUGAUAUUCUCCACAUACUCGUCACUGAUAGGCGAGAGUCAGUCCAGCAGCAAGUACCGCACACGCUUGAAGCAGCUCCUCAAGUGGUGUGGCAAAGAUUUUGAUGGACUUAUUGUAUUUGAUGAGUGUCAUCGAGCAAAGAAUCUGUGCCCGGUGGGGUCAAGCAAGCCCACGAAGACAGGCCAGACUGUGCUGGAGCUACAGAACAGAUUGCCCAUGGCUCGCGUCAUCUACGCCAGUGCCACAGGAGCUUCUGAACCCAAGAACAUGGCCUACAUGACCAGGCUGGGCUUGUGGGGACCAGGCACGCCUUUCAAGGAGUUCACCGACUUCAUCCAGGCAGUUGAACGGAGAGGUGUUGGUGCUAUGGAACUGGUUGCCAUGGAUAUGAAGCUACGUGGGAUGUAUAUAGCAAGGCAGCUCAGCUUCAAAGGUGUUUCCUUCAAGAUUGAGGAGAUUCCACUAGCUGACAACUUUGUGGAAAUCUACAACAAGUCUGUCAAGCUGUGGGUAGAUGCCCGUGAGAAGUUCCAGCAGGCUGCAGACUUGAUUGAUGCAGAGCAGAGGAUGAGGAAGAGCAUGUGGGGCCAGUUCUGGUCGGCUCACCAGCGCUUCUUCAAGUACCUGUGUAUCUCCUCCAAGUGUGCACAUUGUGUGCAGCUCGCUAGAGAUGCUGUCAAAGGGGGCAAGUGUGUUGUGAUAGGUCUGCAGUCUACAGGGGAGGCACGGACCCUGGAGCAGUUGGAGGAGAUGGGAGGUGAACUCAAUGACUUUGUCUCCACAGCCAAAGGUGUGAUCCAGACACUGGUGGAGAAACACUUCCCUUGCUCAGACCGAAGGAAGACCUUUGACAUGUUCAACCUCGGGGGACAUUCCAACAACAGAACCAAUGGAUUCUUCAACAACAACAAGAGAAAGAAGGAUACGGUGAACAACAACAAUGCCAAGAAGCCCCGCAAUGACAGUGAUGUGGAUAGCUCAAGUGACUCGGAUGACUCUGGCAAGGAGCAGAGUGACUUUGACCUCAGCCUCAGCAGUUUCUCUGACUCGGACUCCGAGAGUGGAGAUGACAAUAUCAACCCCUUCGGGAGUGGGUCUGACAGUGAUGAUGACCCAUGGUUGAAACGGGGGACCAAGAAGAAGAAGUCAGGGAGUAAAAAAGUGAAGAAAGAGAAGAAGAAAAAGAAGAAGAAGGAAAAGAAGAAGAAGAAGGAUCGCAACGAGGAUGCAGAGUUUGACAAGAUGUUAGGAGCUGCAGGCCUUCUGUCGAAAAACAGCAGCUGGGGAACGUCGUCCAACAAUCAGAAUGGAUCUACUAGUCUACGGAGCAAUUUAUUUAGCAAUGAGGAUGGCUGGGAUAAGGCAAUGUCAAUGAAGUCCGAUCUGCUGGUGAAGAUUGAGAAGCUCGGAGAUGACCUUCCUCCGAACACACUGGAUUACCUCAUUGAUGAGCUGGGUGGACCAGAGAGCGUAGCAGAGAUGACAGGAAGGAAAGGAAGAGUUGUCAGUAACGAUGACGGUGGCGUGAGUUACGAGUCUCGAAGUGAGGUCGAUGUUCCCCUGGAGGUCCUCAACCUCACAGAAAAACAGAGGUUCAUGGACGGAGAAAAGUUUAUAGCUAUCAUAUCAGAAGCAGCCAGCUCGGGUAUCUCCCUACAAGCUGAUCGCCGCGUCAACAACCAGCGGCGGAGAGUGCACAUCACGCUGGAGCUUCCCUGGAGUGCUGAUAGGGCUAUACAGCAGUUCGGUCGUACACACAGAUCGAACCAGGUCACAGCACCCGAGUAUGUCUUCAUGAUCUCUGAGCUCGCUGGAGAGAGAAGGUUCGCUUCUACUGUAGCAAAACGACUGGAGAGUCUGGGUGCGCUAACUCACGGUGACCGACGUGCAACGGAGUCGAGGGAUCUCAGCAGGUUCAAUAUAGACAACAAGUAUGGUCGUGCUGCUUUGGAGGCUGUGAUGAAGUGUGUGCUCAACCUGACGGUGGACGCACCGCUUGUGCCACCCCCACAGACAUACAAGGGAGACUUCUUCCCCGAUGUGAAGAGAGGCCUUGUUGGCGUGGGAAUGAUCAGCAUCGAUGAGAGAUCAGGCUUCCCGAGUCUGGAAAAGGACUACAACAACAUCAGCAAGUACUUGAACAGGAUCCUGGGUAUGGAGGUGGAGCUCCAGAACUCCCUCUUCAAGUAUUUCACAGACACACUCACUGCCAUCAUCCUCGAGGCCAAGCGGAAUGGACGCUGGGACAUGGGAAUUCUGGAUCUGGGUUCUGGAGGCGAGAAGGUCCACAAGGUGGAGACACUGACAUUCCUUGGCAACACUGCCACCAACACGGCCAAGACAGAACUGACCACAGUGAGUGUAGAGAGAGGCAUGGCUUGGAACCAGGCGAUUGAACUGUGGAGGAAGUGUGCUGGAUCGGAAGAGGGAUUCUAUCUGGCCUAUCAGGAGCGGAACAUGAAGCGGACGUCCAUCCUGAUCGUGCACCAGGGGAAGAACAAGAAGAAGGAGCGUCUGUACAACGUGUACCGCCCCAACACCGGCCUCCAGCUCCGCUGCGAGACACUGGAGGAGAUACGCAAGAAGUACAAGAAGGUGCUGCCUGACGAGGCACAGAACUGGUGGGAUGACCAGUAUUAUGCAUCAGCCAAGUGUUGCAGUCACGCCUACUGGCGAGGCAACUGUAAGAAGAUGUCCCUAGGCCUUCAGUGUGAGAUCGGUCUGCGAACUCGGACGUACCACGUGUUGAGUGGCUCCGUACUUAGUGUGUGGAGCAAGGUGGAGGGAGUCCUAGCCUCCAUGCCAGGCGGAGCCAGCUCCAAGAUGCAGAUCAUUCGUCUCCGAACUGAUGAUGGCAAGAGGAUUGUGGGGAGCUUGAUCCCGGGCAACUGCGUGAAUCCUCUGACCAACAUCCUGUCUCAAGACUCCGCUAAGAUGUACUCCGAGAAACAUCCGCCUCCCAGGGAAGACGAGGCCAAUCUCAGCAUGCCUGUGUUUUUCUGAGGAUGGUUACUGUUACUUGUGUGUUUGCAAUACUGAGACCAAGUCUCCAGAACUGUGCUGUAAUCGCCUUGUCAGACUGCUGCUGUCCUGGUGAACAACUGGAAUAUAUCAGCAGUGGUGACUGGACAUUGUGACCUGAGGCCACUGGACUUCUUCCCCUGUGUUGGUGAAUCCAAUGUUAUCUGCAGUAAAUUCAGGAUAUUGUCAAGCUGUAAAACUGACUUCAACAAUCUUGGUGAAUCCAAUGUUAUCUGCAGUAAAUUCAGGAUAUUGUCAAGCUGUAAAACUGACUUCAACAAUCUUGGUGAAUCGAAUGUCAUAUGCAGUAAAUUCAGGAUAUUGUCAAGCUGUAAAACUGACUUCAACAAUCUUGGUGAAUCGGUUGUCAUCUGCAGUAAUUCAGGAUAUUGUCAAGCUGUAAAACUGACGUCAACAAUCUUGAUGAAUCGGAUGUCAUCUGCAGUAAAUUCAGGAUAUUGUCAAGCUGUAAAACUGACUUCAACAAUCUUGGUGAACCGGAUGUCAUCUGCAGUAAAUUCAGGAUAUUGUCAAGCUGUAAAACUGACUUCAACAAUCUUGGUGAACCGGAUGUCAUCUGCAGUAAAUUCAGGAUAUUGUCAAGCUGUAAAACUGACUUCAACAAUCUUGGUGAAUCGGAUGUCAUCUGCAGUAAAUUCAGGAUAUUGUCAAGCUGUAAAACUGACUUCAACAAUCUUGAUGAAUCGGAUGUCAUCUGCAGUAAAUUCAGGAUAUUGUCAAGCCGUAAAACUGACUUCAACAAUCUUGAUGAAUCGGAUGUCAUCUGCAGUAAAUUCAGGAUAUUGUCAAGCCGUAAAACUGACUUCAACAGUCUUGGUGAAUCGGAUGUCAUCUGCAGUAAUUCAGGAUAUUGUCAAGCUGUAAAACUGACUUCAACAAUCUUGUUGAAUCGGAUGUUAUCUGCAGUGAAUACAGGAUAUUGUCAAGUUUUAGAACUGUCUUCAGCAAUCUUGAUGAAUCAGAUGUUGGACAGAAGUCUAGACAUUGUGAAGCUCUGAAACUGUCCAUUCCGGCGUCCCGGAUGUAAUCUGCAGCAUUGUGAAGUUAAAUCUGGGAAAAUAUCGCUGUAGUGGUUCUUUACUCAGGUUGGGAUCUUGCAGCAUUAAAGCUUGACACACUCAAGCUUCCAUCAUAGAGCACCAGAUACACAUCAGAGCACUGUUGCUUUGUCAGGCGGAUAAACCUUGAAACACUUUCAAUCAGAAGUAGACCUUGUCUUAAUUCCAUUCAUCGACCAUCAAGACAAUAUCGAGCAAGGUACACAUGCAGCAGACCAAGGGCCCAACACCAUCAUCUUAGGGAGUGGACCCAUCUCUUUACAUACCAUGCAGUGUAGCAUAGGACCACUUCAGCCAUUCAGCAUUUGCUCACAUUGGCCCAUGUUACCAAACUGAAGAAUGUUACAUAUAUCUCAGCAUCUUUGUUGUACUGGACAAGAUACAGUGUCAUGUCCAUGAAACAAAUAUAUAUUUAUCAACCUGUAGCAGUAUUUUUGUCUUACGAAUACAAACUCAUGCUUCAACAGAGAGGUGAUCCUCUGAAGUCAGUGCUGUUGUGUGCAGGUUGUAAUUGGUGUUGUUUCGUGUUAGUUACCGAGGCAGGCUGGCAGGAGAUAGGGCGCGACUCGAUUGUACCCUCAGUCUUUCAUACAUUAUGGCCAUUGCUACAUUCCUACAGCCAUGACAACGCUACAGCGCCAGUAGUCUAGAUCAUUUGCCUAGACGUUCAGUACUCUGAAGCUGUCAGAUUCUUCAAUGAACACUACAUAGGACUCCAAUCAUUGUUUCUGAGGAUCAGAAUUCAUGGAGUGUACAGAGGGAAUUGUGCAAAUUUAGCAGUUGAGGAGGACCCGCGACUGCCAUAAUUACUGUGUUUGAGUGAGAGUGGAUGCGUGUUUCAGUAUAUUUUGUGGAAAUGGAUGACUAUUGAAGCCUCACAUGUGCCUUGUAUAUUUGCCUGUCAGUUAUCGGUUAUGCAAUCAAGACUGCUUAUUCGAAAUACAUUGAAAAGUCCAUCGAUACAAACUUGGGGCAUCACGACAUGCAUUCGGAAUAAUUUCCCUUUAUUUAUUUGACACAGUUUCAUCUGUAUCAUUGUGCAGCAUCUUACACUUUCCAACGAUAGGUUUCUUCAAACAAUACAUAACUCAUGAAUGACUUGUAAAUAUCCCCUUCCAAUCAAACCAGACUUAGUUUUCAUAAGUGCAUUUGCCAUUCAAGAUACAUGCAACGUGCUGUGUAGAGACGUCACGCGAAUUUGUGAUAUAUUUCAGUGUGUAUAUAUACUAACUGAGUUUUCCAGUGAAACAAUUCCUUCAGGCAGUUUCUGCCACGGCUAGCUAGAGAUUGAUAAUGCUCAUGACAAUACUUGGUGGAUGAUGAUGAAUCACGUAUAUUCCAAGUCCGAUGUUUUGCCAAUGUAAAUAGAAUUCUGUGAUUUCUGAUCAAAUUGUCAUGUGCAAAAAACACCUAUUUUUUGUAUUGGUCUGAGUGAGCCAUGCGAGUGUUUGUACAAGAUUCUAAUGGAUGCCCCUCUCAGGAUGUUGCUGUAUUGCUGUCACUGAGGUGCCAGCUUCACUCCCAUUAUUCUCAAUAGCGAUCUCUGUAUCAUUGGUCUGUCCAUAGCAGUUUGUACAGUUCAUUUCAAUUUAACAAAAGGUGCUUUCAACUCGUGUUCAGUACCCAAUCAAUGUUACCAGAGAAUUAUUUAUUUGGCUUUGUGUUGUUGUCAUGUUACCACAACCGUCUGUAUGACAGAUCUGUGUGAUAGCGUAGAAAGGGUGUUUGAUGAUCAUACCCAACUCAUGUUGCUAAACUUUACUGUCACCUCUAGGGUUCCUGUCAAACAUAUUGCUAUUCAAGGAAUUAUAAGUAAAUAUAAGAAUUAUGCAAAAAUGAAAGAUUUUUUACUUUUUCAUGAUUUAGUCACACAUUGUCAACCGUGACUUUCAUUAUGCACAAGUAACUUGAUAUAAAAAAUAUGGUAUCAGAUUUAAGAUAAUACUUCCCUGCAACAAUUAAGAGAUAUUGAUGUGGUUUCUAUAUUUUGUUCGUCCGAUAUAAGAAACUACUUUCCAGCCCCAAAUUAAAUUAACAGAUCUAUUGAAGUGGUCUCUAUAUUUGGUUCAUAAGAUAUAAGAUAUUACUUCCCAGCAAAGAUUAACAGAUAUAGUGAAGUUGUUUCUUUAUUUGGUUGAUCAGGCAUAAAAUACUACUUUCCAGACCAACAGCUAUAGUGAAGUGGUUUCUGUUUGGUUCCUGGAAAUUGAAGCAAGAUUGUUACAUGAAAACUGCAGUUGGACGCUUCUUUAAUUUGAUUGUUACAUGUUGAAAGCAGUUUCUUUUUAAUCAGUUUGUAUUCAGAUAUUGUCACUGGUUUAUAUAUUUACAAUUUCAGUUUAUUGAAGGACAUAUUUUCUCGGCUGCACGAAGGGAACAUUACAUGCUAUGUGAGACACAGAUGCUAUUUACUCUGCGAAAAACAAAUGAUGAUUAUUAUGUCAAGACUUGUAAUGUCAAGGUUGGAGAAAUCAAAUACAGAGUCUCUUGUCUAUUGAAUGUAUCAAUUUCUGAAGUAUGUGCAUGGUAUAUCUUAAGCAUGAUAACCGUAUUGAAAACAGAGAAAUAAUAAGAGGAUUUCUUUUAAAUGUCCAGUAGAUCAAGUUUUAAGAUCAAAUCUUUUUCAAAUCAUGGGAAAUCUUUUAUGUUCUGGUGAAAAAUUCCAAUGUGAUCUGAUAGGUCGCAGAUAUGUUUAUUUUCUCCCACUGUACAGGAUACAUCAAAGCCUCUAGAUUUGAAAUUGAAGCCAAAAACACCCUACUGGUUUAUACAACCGGUGGUCAUCAGGAUCUUGUUAUGCAACUGGUGUUUUACAUAGAGGCUAUAUGGUAUCCAAAAGAAAUGUACUAGAUUGGUGCUUUGAGUUAUUUCCUACCAUGCAUAGACCAGACUACCCUGGGUACUUACUGAAGAUAAGACCAUCUCCAUGGUCUCUGCCUGGAGAGCGGGAGUUUGAUCCUCAGCCGAUUUAUGCCAAAAGAUGGUACUUGCUGUUACCCUGUCCAACUUGGUAUAAGGGGGCUAAAACAAGGACUGGUCGGCUCAGAGUCAGUAUACUAUGUCUGAGUGGGGUAUUCAUGUUAAACUGCGGCUUGGUAGCUCAGUGGGCUAGCAUGCAUUAGAAGGUCUAGUACAAGUGCACACACACCUGCCUGGACAUCGUUACAUAAGUGCAAUAAUCUUGAUCGUGAAGUUAAACCCCAUUUCACCUCACUUCGUCACAGGGAUAGAUUCUUCCAUUGUCCAAGACGGGUGGCCCAGUCAUCUAAGGCGCCACAAUCACUGUGCAGAGUUGCGUCCCUUGGGCACGCCGCAAACCUAUGAUUGUGGGUUCGAAUCCUGUUUGCCCCGAUUAUGUUUCUAGGUUUGUCAGC